AAGGUCACAGUAAUAAGGUAAAAUUGCACUGAGAGAGAAAUUUUAAAAAAGGCUUUAAUUAAAAGUAAGGUCACAGUAAUCUGGAAUGGUGUCACUGCUACAGGUCUCCAUGCGAGGUCGAAGAUCUGUGCGAGGCAGGGGUCCACUCCACCCCUCUCAUAGAGCAGCUUCUGAGGGCCAAACCCCAGCACAUGGACACAAAGGGGCUGAGACCACAGAAUCUAAUAUCAAUAUUACUGCUUCAGAGGCCUCAAAAAGUUUAAAGUCAGUCAUGAAACUCCAAAGAUUAUUGUCUGAACACAAAUCAUCCGGUGCACCUGGCCUGCAUUACUCUCGAUGGAAGAAGUCCAGGAUAUUCCCAAUGAUGGUCUCCAAGGAGAUGAAGAAUGGAUGCGACUACAUCAAGAUAGCAUCCGCCCACCAGGAUGGUGCCAUGGUCAUAGAGGGGAGUUAUUUUCAGACAUCGUAUGAUACACCCUCAGCAAGGAAGGGCUUGGGAAAGGUCUUGAACCACACUAGCAUUACCAGGAAGCUGCAAGCGCGAAGGAAGUUGCGGGGCAGUUCGAGCACAAGCUCCCCCACUGGGAGUGAGAAGGGCGAAUCUGAAAUCCAGUCUGCCAGCAAUGGCAAGAAGGAGAAGGGCCAGUCAAAAGUCUCCAUCAGGAUCCUCGGAGAGCGCGAGGAAGAGGACCGAGGUUCCAAAGUCAAGAGCAGGAAGGAAGACUCCCAGGGGGAACUUUCUGAGAGGAGCAGCAUCGCACUUCCCAUUAAAGACGAAAAGUAUCUUGUACUUGACCCUGACAGGUACGGCAUCAAUGAGACUACUGUGGACUCAGAGGUGGAACAGGAGGACUCGGAUGAUGAAAAGAAGUCACAGUCGGAAAAAGAGUCAGAUAUGGAGAGGGAGUCUGAGACAGAUAAAGAGCUGGAUAGAGAGAGACGCUCUGAAGACUAUGACGACGAGCAGAGAAGCACUGUUUCAGAGGAGGCCGAGGCCCAGGAGUCUGCAUCAAAGGUAUUUUCCUGUAGCACAUCCUCUGGUUCGCAUGCGUUCACUGUUCAGUCUUCAAGCACUGGCAGGAAAUCUUUGGAUAAGUUCACUGAAGGCGCACAAGAUGGCAAGAUGAGCAGAUCUUCAAUAAGACCUGCAAAUUACACCAGCUCAGCAUCCGCUCGUGGAAGCCGUGAGCCCGGGAUAUCCGCGCUUGCUCCGAGAUCUAAAGGCUCGCGUAAAGAACAAGACGAGGGAGAGCGGGCUAGUUCGGAAGAAGACAGUUAUGAAGGUGUGAUGUCCAGGAAGUCCGAUGGUUUCCAGACUGCUAUGUCGACAGUAAGAGCUCAGCUGUCUGUGAGUGUGUGCUCCAAGGAGGUUGGAGGAGAAGAAGACGACGAGGAGUCUGAAAACGAGGCUUCGGAUUCAGAAGAAGGAUAA